AUGGCUUCAAUAAGCUUUGCGGCUACUGGUCGCCUUCAGGUACUACGGGAUUCAUCUAAUGAAUCUCAGGAUGGUGUCGAUAUUGUUCUCGUUCCUGGCAUCGGAACUACCUUACCGGAAGAGUGGCCGUUUGUUAACAAAGAAUGGCUUGCCACCCUACCCGGUUCUAGCGCUGGGACACGCAUCCUCGCCUAUGACUAUACUUCGCCAUUUGGAGCCACCAAACCUUCAUGGGAGUCGAUGUUGAUGCUAGGUCAUGAUCUUAUCCAACAUAUAAGCGAUGUGCGAUCAUCAUCAGUCCUAAAAGUGCCCACCAACAAGCCAAUUCUGGUAGUCUGCCACAGCUUAGGUGGUAUUAUAGUCAAGCAGGCGUUGUGUGUCGCCGAUAAGCAGUUUCGUCGGUAUGAAUCAAUCAUCAACGCUAUAGCUGGCGUUAUCUUCCUGAGCACUCCGCAUCGCUAUGGCGACAAGACCACAAGUUGUAUACGGUUUCGAGAUGUUUUCGAAGCGACGACCAGUAGACACUUGGAAAUCCCAAGCAUGAACAUCGAGCAAGAAGGCGCUAUUCUGCUUGACCUCGCAGAUAGAUUCGAAGGAAUCUCGUUCAGUGCCCCCAUACUAUCCGCGUAUGAACUGAGAGAAUCGAAAACCAGCUCCACUACACUGCAUCACAAAUACCAACAAUUGGUCAACCGUGAAGCUUGUUCAACUCGUGCCCAGAUGGAAACAGUCAUUGGCCUUAAUCUUAAUCAUCACGAUACAUGCCUUUUCACCCAGAGCAUCGGUGGCGAAAGUUUACCUGAGCUCAAUGAGUUUCUAUCUAAGACUUUACAAGACGCUGCGCGUCUUAUCGCUCUUCGACUUGAGGACCGUGAAUAUCAAGAUGCAACGACGAGCACUUACUCGCCCACAAUGAGCGAAAUACCACUCAAAGUUGAGCAAUUGGAACUCACGGAGUCGCCAUCCAACAAAGCAACAGCAGGAACAUCUCUUUCGGGGUUUGAGUUGGUAUCUCCUAUAACACCAAAGUCUGAUGUUGCAAAACCCCUUCAUUUACCAUGUCUCCUUCUCAACACGCAUUCGGCGAAUGAGGAUUUUUGCGGCCGUGAAGAUAUCUUGGAACGUCUCGCAACCGAGCUCUUGCCUCCAAAGAACAGGGUGACAGCAUCGGGCACCGCUCUAAGGCAGUUUGCACUUUGUGGAUUUGGGGGUAUUGGAAAGACAGAAAUAGCCCGCGAGUUUGCCCGACGUCAUAAACAUUCUUUUGAUGCGGUAUUCUGGGUCGUGGCGGAUGAGAUAGCUAAACUUGAUCACCAUUACCAGUACAUUUCGUUGGUACUGGGACUCGAAGAAGCAUCCGAGUCAUGGUAUCAAAAAGAGCGUAGACAAACGAAGAAAUUUAAUAGCUUCUUCGAAACUACACGCAGUAUCUACGAGUCCUCAACACAUCCAGAUCGGGAUUCCCUUCUUACAGAUAUCCACUUCUACCUAGGAGCUAUAGCCAUAGAUACGAGUAAUUUUGAUAUAAGCCGCAUUAACAAGGAAUAUUCUUUCAACCUAGUUUCCAAAAUCUAUAAAGAGCUAGGUACCACGGACGACAGAUUAUACCUCGCCUACGCAGAGCGAGGGAUCUCACGAAUCCAGGAUAGACGGUAUAAGGAAGGGGAGGCUAAUCUUAAAGAAGCACUGCGCAUACGUAAAGAUCUUCAGAACUAUAUCCCGCGUGCUAUGAUCAACGACGCACUGGAAAUUUGGUCAGUUGAUUCGAAUGCGCAUAAGAAUGAGAUCGCUCGCACUACUUUCCUCAAGGGAAAGUUGCUGUCGGCUAUGGGCAAGAUGCAAAAGGCUUCUAUUGCCUUUAGAGUUGCUUGUCGCUUGAGGAAGGAGAUCACCAAGGAGGAUCGUGAUUUAAAUAGCUUGACGAUGAUAGACUUUGACGAGAUUGUUGCUUUUUGGGCUCGUUGA